CAGCGGUCAAUACUACAUUCGGUUUUAGCGCUUCCAUGUCUGCGAGGCCGGCGGAAGCAGGUAUGACCACGGCGAGAGCAAGAAUCGAAUCAGUGGAAAAGGCGUUCCACAGUCUGUUCAGCUCCGGCACGUCUCUUGCGAAGAUUAAAGAUGCCUCUUUAGCAGAUCGUCUGUUUCCUUUCUCUGACGAUGUUCUGGAGAUUCCUGGGCGGAGCAUUGCAUGGAAGCUCUUCCUCGUACGCAGCGAACCCCUCAAAGCUUUGGUAGAAGCAGAUUCUUCUCCUUUGAUUGAUUCUUUGCGAGAGACACGAAGUCAGUAUGCUGCAUUGCUACUGCAGAAGAUGCGAGCACCGGACGGAAGCUAUGAAGGCGGAUUCGCCCUACCAGGGUCAUUGCCAUCGCCAAAGCAUGAAUUUAGGCUGGAAGUCAACCUUGACAGGAAUAACCCUCUAAGUUUACAUACGGAGAAUCCUUGGACAGAAUGGUUUGCUUCCGUCGAACUGCGGAAAACGAUUUUACAAGACGUUGAACGAACGUUUCCCGAAAUCGAUUUCUUCCGACUUCCAGAUGUGCAAGCCCAAUUAACCAACAUCCUCUUUAUCUAUUCAGUCAUGCAUCCCGACAUAGGCUAUCGCCAAGGUAUGCAUGAGCUGCUGGCACCGCUAUAUUACGCUGUCGAAUACGAUUCGGUAUCCGAAGACGAUCAGGAAUACGUUCACGACUUCAAAGUACAAGAAAUAUGUUCUAAGUCCUGGGCUGCAGCCGAUGCUUGGUGUCUCUUUAGCGCAGUUAUGCAAUCUGCCUCUCAAUGGUACGAAUGGAGAGAGCCCUCCGUCGACGCGAAAGGACGAUCUCCGCUACCCUCUCAUGUUCAUUUACACAUUCCAGGUCCCAUCGAUUUAAAACCCUAUGUGCCACCCAUUGUUCAGACGUGCAACAACAUACAGGCAAAUCUUCUACGGACCACAGAUCCACAGCUAUGGCAGCGGUUCCAAACAACCGGCAUAGAACCCCAAAUAUAUGGAAUCCGGUGGCUGAGACUUUUGUUUACUCGGGAAUUUGCUCUCUCGGAUGCAAUGAAAUUAUGGGAUGCACUUUUUGCAUGUGAUCCAUCCUUUGAUCUGGCUCCAUGGAUCUGCGUUGCGAUGCUGAUACGUAUCCGCAACGAAUUAUUACCAUCCGAUUAUUCCACCCAGCUCACUGUCCUAUUGCGCUACCCGUCCGUGCCACGCUCAUUCGAAUAUGGCACUUCUGUGCACCCAACAAGCCUGCUAGUGCGACAAGCGCUGGCUUUACAAACGUCUCCAACGCCUUCUACUGGGGUUCUAUUGGUCUCUGAAAAUCGCAACCUAUUGAAUAUAACGAUGGAUGUACCAGAAACUCUACCUGCUCCUCGCCGGCGGACUGCACCACCUGCUCGAAAUAGACCGCUCUCGACUCCGGCCUCUGGGAGCGCGCAAGGGCACACUCGACAACAACCGUCUCAAAGUUUAGGGUUUUCCGAGAUGCUUGCACGUGGAAUCUUAGAAAGAGGCGAAAGCUUGGGUAUCAAUAAGACUUUCAUGAGUGCUGUGUCGGAACUAAAGCGCAACAUUCCUGAACUUGCAUCAUCACUCAUGCGCGCACCGGCUAAUGCGUACCAAAUGACUGAUGAGAAUUUAGGAGAACGGCCACCUUGGGAGCCUCGGUCACGGCUCGAGAUGGAAAAGGAAUUAUCCGACCUUCGUGCCAUGAACAAAAGACUCGGUGACUCUUUGGGGUGGAUUGUCGAUGUUCUACUUCAGGAUGAAGAUCAGACGAACGAAGAGCGCCUACGGAAGCAGCGACGGCAGGCCAUCGAAUCACUUUCGUAUAUGAGAGACAUCCUGAUCAGUCAAUCGACGGAUGACAUUGAAGAGGAGAGGCUGUACAGCGAAGAGGAGAAUGCAAAACGGAAGUGGGCAAAGACAAAGCAAGCUGAUGCGGUUGAAGUUUUUGAGCCAAAAAUACCUGCACCAGUGAAACCUAGCCCUGUGAGAGGUAAAGGGCUGCGGCCUUUGCUGGAUGCCAGUAUGCCGCCAGCUGGACGUGUGUCGUCAUCUUUGAGCCAGAACAGCCCUGCCCGGCUAGCACCUUGGAACUAUACCCGGUCAAACUUCUCGUCUCCUACUUCCUCUAUACCUGAGACGUUGCCUCGACCUCCACCGCCUACAACGUCAAGGUCUGCACCUGACGGCCGACGAGAGAAGAUGUCCGAGGUACUUCAGGAUCCACUGGGGGCCCUGCCUUGACGAAAGAUUUAUACUGGAAAGGGUAGCUUUAGCGGUAGGAUACUUUGUAGAGUUAGCAUAUAAUGUUGUCUUAUGCGGGCUGGUGGCUCGCUUGGAAGUUGGUAAAGCCGAAAGCC